CCGCCCGCGACUUGCUUUUCUCCAUUUUCUGCUCUCGUUUGGUCCUACCCUCGCCCGGACACCUGCCCGCUUGCACCUGGAGCGCCAAGCGGCACCGAGGCGCACCUGAAUGCUCAGCACAGAUCAGAGUCUAUCCCAGGAGCAGCAGCGCAAUCGCCACCGCGAAGAACUCAUCGCGCUCAGCAGGAAUGCCUCGGUGAUAUCGACGUCCAGCAGUGAGGAGGACGGGGAUGUGCCCCCCAUACCGACGACGCCUGUUGUGCGCACGCCGCGCGCGAGGCCGGUGUCCAUCCCGCGCAGUCAGAGCCGACACUGCUCGCGUUCGCCGCGCGCGUCGCGCCCGCCGUCCUAUAUGGCCAGAGAUCUGGUGGUGCCAGCGGAAGAGUCUGAAGAGGACGACGACAGUGUACUACAGAACUCGCCCACUCCUGGGCCGUCGCGCUUGCGAAUGCUCUCGCCCGCCAACAAGAAGGGAUCGCGCUCUAGGUCGCGUCCCCCACCUCUCGGCCGGGACUUUGAGAUGGGCGACGUCCUCGGCGAGGGUGCCUACUCCACGGUCAACCUGGCUAAGAACACGCAAACCGGCCAGGAAUACGCCAUCAAGAUCAUGUACAAGGAGCACCUCCGGCGACAUAAUAAAGUCAACAUGGCCUUCGUCGAAAAGGACGCCCUGAUCAAGAUACAGACCGCGGGUGGGCACCCAGGAAUCGUGCGGCUGGAGCGCACCUGGCAGGAUAACUGGAGCUUCUUCUAUGUUCUUUCGCUUGCUCGCAAUGGCGACAUUCAGUCGCUUCUUUUUCGCCUGGGCUCGCUCAGCCUUCCUUGCGCGCGCUACUAUGCCGCACAGCUGGUCGAUGCUGUUUCUUUCAUGCACUCUGUCAAUGUCAUUCAUCGCGAUCUUAAACCGGAGAACCUUCUUUUGGACGACGACUUCAGGAUCAAGCUAACAGACUUUGGCACAGCCAAGGUUUUGGAUUCAUAUGAUGGGCGGGCGAGAACGUUCGUUGGCACAGCGCAGUAUCAAGCUCCAGAGCUAUUAACGGCGUCCCACACGACGAGGAGCUCUGACCUGUGGGCUAUUGGCUGCAAUGUCUACCAAAUGAUUGCCGGACGCUUCCCAUUUGCUGGCCCGUCCGAAUACCUUAUUUUCGAGAAGAUCAAGCGCCUCGACUACGAGUUCCCGGAAGGAUUCGACGCGGAUGGGAAGGACCUUGUGCAGAAGCUCUUGGUUCUGGAUCCGACAGCGAGGUUGGGCGCAGGCUCGCCUGGUACGGAGAAUGAUGCUGCGGCGCUCAAGGCUCAUCCUUUCUUCUCGGCCAUCAAGUGGGAGACACUCUGGGCGGACCCUGCCCCGCCGCAUGAGGCGGGGCUGCUGAAGAAGGACCCCGCCGUCAAUGGCGCGAACGGUGCUUCGCGCGACGUUGGGGCAAUAUGGGACGAGCUUGUGGGUGGCGACGAGAUCGAGUGGGCGCCGGACGCGGAGGGCGACGAGGCGCGCAUGCAGGUGCAGCAUUUCCGCCAAAAUGGCGCGAAACAGCCCGAUGCGGGUGACCCUCUGGACUCCGCGCCAACGACACCACCUUCUGCAUCUCCGCCGCCUGCUGCUGCGGAUUCCGCCGAGCGUCCAUCGCUGUCGAGGAAGGACACGGCUGCCUCGAGUCAGUCGACGCAGAAUAGUACUUCCGACAGCAGCAUGGAGCAAUUGGACGAGCGCCUUGCUGAGCUUGCACUCCGCAACCUCAGCAAUUCGCACAAGAGCCUGCCGCACUCUUCGCCGUCGCUCAACAGCCAGAAGACCCUCGAGUACGAACGUGGGCGUAACCGUGCGUUGACUCCAGUACAGGGGAAUACGCCUGUAUCGGAGGCCGACUUGCCCUCCAUCAUCCACAUGGAGACCAGCGAGCACAUCGUGUACAAGUCGACGGUGGAAGCGCGCUCGCUUCGUCGUCGCGCCAGCAGGCUCCUGCACGUCAGCGUCCAGGCGGUCAAGAAGCCCAAACUUCGGCAGUUGGUGCUCACGGACAAGCGCCUGGUGCUGCUUAAGACGAAGAAGAUCGGUGGGCCGGCGACGGUGAAGGCACAGUACGCGGUAAGGCCCGCAAACGCCUCAAGGUCGUCCGAGAGGAAGGACGAGAAGGACGGAAAGGAGGGGAAGGACAGCAAGGACGCGAAGGAACUGGCACGGAUCACUUCGUCGGAUCUGAAGGGUGACCGGGGCUUCGUGUUCUUGACGAGCAACGGAAAGAGCCACUCAUUCACCGCGCCCGAUUCCCCAACGGCUAUCAAAUGGACGCAGAAGAUCAAUUCUCUAAUCUCUAACGAUACAUAAUCGGAUAAUAAGCGCGAUCACUUGCACUCUCGGUAUUUCUCUACAUUUACGGCUGGUUAGAUGGGAACGACAUCCGGACGUGACUGGGCGGGUGGCUUUACUCUGGCGAGUCGCUCAAUCAGGGCAUAGUCACCUCACAAGGAUAGUGGCUUCACAAGGUUAGAUAUCUCCGGCAAGGACGCUGCUACACACACACGAACGCUGCUAUGCACGCAAUAGCUUUGUACUUGUACAUACGAUAUAGGGUAGGAUCAUACAGAGCCCCGUAUGGGCUCGAGUAAUUACGGUUUUCUUGUCAGGCUUUGGGUCGGGUUCCUGGACGUGCAGUGCGGGGGUGCAGAGGGACUUUGAAGACAAAAUGCCUUACUUAUGUAUUGUAGUUCGGCUGCUUCUUGUAUGCUAUUUGCUUUGCUCUGUUAUGUCUAUCUGGGU